AUGGCAGAGCCCGGGUUGGACGUCGCCACAUCGCCGCAGUCAGACAAGGAGACGCCGGUGUCCUCGCAGCCGGAGAAGGAGAUUGAGAAUCCAGAGCUCGCAGAGAGCCAGGCAAAAGUCGACAGAGUGCUGCAGUCGGACAUCGGAGUCGUGACCCUGCUCACUCGCCUGAAGCAAAGCAUCUCCUCUGCCAAAGACCUUGCUACCUUCCUACGCAAACGCUCCAUCCUCGAAGAUGAACACGCCCAAGGCCUCAAGAAGCUCGCGCGCGCAAUGCACGACUCCGCCAUGCGCCAGGACCACCGCCAGGGAAGCUUUGCCCGCAGCUACAAUGAAAUGAACAUGAUUCACGAUCGCAUUUCCGAUCAUGGAGUCAAUUUCUCCCAAUCCCUAAUGCAAAUGGCGGAGGAACUGAACGAUCUCGCCGCCAGCAUGGAGCGCGGGCGUAAACAGUGGAAGCAGAACGGACUGACCGCUGAGAAGAGAGUGCAGGAUGCAGAGCUGUUGGCAGAAAAGGCAAAGUCCAAAUACGAUGCCCUGGCUGAACAGUAUGACCGAGCCAGGACGGGCGAGAGACAAGGCGGCAAGUUUGGUCUCAAGGGACCCAAGUCGGCGGCUCAGCAGGAGGAGGAUCUGUUGCGGAAACUCCAGCAGGCGGAUUCGGAUUAUUCGACCAAAGUGCAGGCUGCGCAGACACAGAGACAGGAGCUUCUUGCUACGCUGAGACCACAGGCUACCAGGGCAUUGCAGGAUUUGAUCAUGGAGUGCGAUUCGGGUUGUACCCUUCAAUUGCAGAAGCUCGCAUCGUUUAGUGAGAAACUGCUGCUCGGAAGUGGUCUGGCUGUCAGUCCCAUGAAGACUGGGAGCGCCACUCCAGACAGUCUGAGAGAGGCCGCCAGACGCGUUGACAACGAGCAAGACUUUAGAGACUUCAUCAUCAGCCAGUCUAGCAAAGUCCCUGACACCAAGCCAGCUCUCAAAUAUGAGAGACAUGCUACGUUAAUGCCCGCCUCAAACCCCAAUGCUCAUCCAAAGAGGCAGUCCCUCAGUCUAAACGCGAAUCCAACUCCUCCGCCUCAGUCUGCAUCUCAGGUCUUCAAUACAAUGUCCCCCAUACCCCGAGACUCGUCUGGAGCCCAAGGAUCGCCAUUAUCAAUGCAGCAACGGCGAGACUCAUGGACCUCCCAGCCUCCGUUCCCGACGUCAACACCGCAGUAUAGCAACCCGGCUUCAAUGCAGCCUACUUACUCGCAGCAACACUCAUACCAGCCCCCUCCUCAACUCGCCCAGCAUGCCCAACCACGACCAUCUAUAAGUGAUAUCCCGCCCAAUGCUCACCCGGAGUUACCACCGCUUAACCCCGUGUUUGGCCUGACUUUGGAUGAGCUAUUCAAGAGAGACGGCACUGCCAUUCCUAUGGUUGUGUAUCAGUGUAUCCAGGCUGUUGAGCUCUUUGGGCUGAAUGUAGAGGGUAUCUACCGGCUUUCAGGAAAUACUAACCACAUAGCCCAUAUGAAGAGCCUCUUCGAUAACGAUUCAUCACAAGUCGACUUCACCAACCCGGAGAAUUUCUACCAUGACGUCAAUAGCGUUGCUGGACUGCUAAAGCUAUUCUUUAGAGACCUGCCCGAUCCAUUGUUCACUAAUGAGCGCUACUCGGCCUUUAUCGACGCAGCGCGCAAGGACGAUGAUAUCCAGCGUCGAGAUGCGCUGCAUGCAUUGAUCAACAGUCUUCCUGACCCCAACUAUGCAACGCUUCGAGCACUGAUACUGCAUCUUAACCAUGUGCAAGAACGAAGCUCCGAGAACAGGAUGAAUGCCGGCAACAUCGCCAUCAGCUUUGGUCUCACUCUCAUGGGCACCAACGCAGGCCGCAAUAUUGCAGACUCAGGCUGGCAAGCUCGGGUAAUCGAAACAAUACUACAAAACACAUUCCAGAUCUUCGACGACGAUUAA